UGGCGCUAGUGAACAUGGCAGCAAAUUCAAAAAUGUUUUUCAUCACAUUUUUAUUUUCAUAAUAUUUACUAAAACACAGCGGGAAGCUUGUUUUACAGCUUGUAUUUACCAUGGGGGUCACGUAUUUAUGGCCUGUGCUUGACCCAGUUAAGAAACGUUUGCCAUUGAGCAGCUUACGUGGACAGAGGCUUGCUGUGGAUCUCAGUAUUUGGAUUUGUGAAUCUCAAGGUGUCAUGCAACUAGAGAGGGUUACCCCAAAACCGUUCCUCAGAAACCUGUUCUUCCGUGUGAGCCACUUAUUACACAGUGGAAUCGAUUUAGUAUUUAUUAUCGAUGGUUGCGCUCCUGAACUGAAGGCAGAGACAAUGCGAAAACGCCAAAAUGAGUGUUUCUUGUAUGGAAAAUCGUCUCAGAAUAACUUUCCACCACGCAAGAGUACUAAAAGAUCACAUUUGAAUGCAUAUGUUAAAAAGUGUUGUGAGUUGCUGGAUUGUCUUGGAGUGCCAUAUUUGGAAAGUCAAGGAGAAGCAGAAGCCUAUUGUGCUUUCCUUAACAAACAUGGUGUAGUCGAUGCCUGCAUCACUGAUGAUGGAGAUGCUUUCCUUUAUGGAGCCCAGAAAAUUUAUCGAAACAUCAGCGUAGACCCAAAGGACCCCCACGUUGAGAGCUACACAAUGCAAGACAUCGAACAACAGUUGCCCCUUACCCAAGAGAAACUUGUGGCCUUUGCUCUGCUUACCGGCUGUGACUACCAACCAAAGGGCAUUCCGCAAGUUGGAGUGGAAACAACACUAAAGUUACUUAUGGCCCUCACCAACAGAGAUGUACUAUCAAGAUUUCGUCAGUGGCACUCCAUGAAAUCUUCAGACUGCUGUUGUGGUAUUGAGAGGAGUGUCUGGGAGAAAGCCUGCAAGUUACCUGGCUUUCCAUCUGAACAGAUAAUUGAAGAAUUCUUAGUUUCUAAAGAUGUUUUACCAAAGAACGAUCUUCAGUGGAAAAGUCCAGAUAUGAAGAAAUUUGAGAAUUUCGUGGCUGUCAAUCUGGAAUGGCCCAAAGAUUAUGCUGUGCAGAAAAUUCUACCACUUCUUACAAGAUGGAUUAUGUUGGAGACAGUCAGUCUGGUCACAACUAAAACCCGUGAACUUUAUCUCACCCCUGUAAAAAUCCUUAAGAAUCGAGUUUGUAAAGGUGUACAAUCUGUUGAAAUGGAAUGGAAAAUUUCAGGAUCUGAUGAAAAUGAAGCUUAUGUUACUGUUGAGGACAGAGAAAUGGUUGGCCAGUGUUUUCCUGAUCUCUUGGAGCAAUUUUCACAGAAAUUAAACAAGAAAACAAAGACAAAACCUGCCUCCAGAAUUAGCAGCAAGACAAAGAAGACCAGAGCAAAAGAAAACUCAGCACUGACCCAACAAGUUUUGUUGCUGAAUAUGGAAGGACUUACUCUGAAACCAAACAAAGCAGCUACACAGAAGGCUGUGAAAGGGGCCAGUGAGGAAUUACCUGUCAAAAGAGAGAAACACACGGGGACAUUUGCAUGUGAGCAAGUUCUUUCAACUUUUAAUGAAAAAUCUAUAAGAAACUGUUUAUCUUCGGUUUCUCAGAAUGAGGAACCUUCUUCUGGUGCCAGGGUGACCAAUUUAAACUGUAACAAUACUGAGUCUUCUGAGCCAGACACUUCUGAUGAUGAAUAUUUACCUCUUAAAGAAAGAAUAAAGAACUCUUGUGUACAAAUUCAAAACCAUAAACCAAAGAAGGAAAUGUCUAGAACAUCAUUAUUACCAUCAUUUACCAAUUCCAUUAAAUCAGAACCUAACUCUGAAACAUACUCCAAAAGCAGAAACCAAAUCCGAAACUGUACAAGUGUAUCAAUGUGUUCUGAUCAACAGACCAAUACCAUCAGUCACGGUGCCAGUAUUACUGAGUCAAUUGAUUUAAGAGGAAAGUCUUAUUCCUCUUGUCCAGAGAUAGACUCUUCCAAUGAUGAAGACUCUGAUGACAGCCUAUUUCUUCCUGUUUCUCAAAAACUGCUUAGCCGUUACCAAAUUUCUGGUGAGUCUCAAAACGAAGAUAAUUUUCAGUCUAAUCAAUGCCUCCCAUUAAAUUCCUCUCAGAUUCCAUGUGAUGACAGCAUCAAAAUAAACCAUUGUGAAAGAAUGGAAGAACUGAAUAAAUCAACAGAGUUUUCUCAAAAAUUUCAAGAUAAUUCUGCUGAACACUUUGACAAUUCUCAAUUAUCCAAAACGGCUGAAAUAACUGAACAAUUCUUCCUGUUGAAUGUAAAUGAAGUAGAAGUCUUGUCAUCAAACCAUUCUGGAAUGGUAUCAAUGGCCACACUUCAACAGAGUAAGGACACUGUCGAGAGGUCAUUUGGUACAGAUGCCAAGCAGCUGUGUACGGAUACUGUUGAAAGGUCAUUCAGUACAGAUGCUACACAAGUGUGUAAGGACACUACGAAGAGGUCAUUUGGUACAGAUGCUACACAACUGUGUAGGGAUACUAUCAAGAAGUCUACAGAUACUACACAAGUGUGUACAGACAUUAUCAAGAGGUCAUUCAGUACAGAUGCUACACAGCUGUGUACGGGCACUGUUGAGAGGUCAUUCAGUACAGAUGCUACGCAGCUGUGUACGGACACUGUUGAGAGGUCAUUCAGUACAGAUGCUACGCAGCUGUGUACGGACACUGUUGAG